CACUAGGCCCACCGAAACCGGCUCAACACCUCUAACUUUUUUUGGGCUCAGUUUCUUUCUUUUACUUCGUCAUCCCAUCUUUGGGCUCGCCGCCGGUUUUACUAUUUUUCACAAUCAAGUCAGUAUAGAGUAUACUGUAUAUUUAGUAUCUAUAUAUUGUACGGACCAUAGUCGACAAUAAUUGGCUCCAAAGGUGUCACCACGCUGGCGGAGGGAAGAGUGUUCGCAAUGAGUCGUCCUUCGCAGUCAACCACCGCUGAGGACGUGGGAAAGGCGAAUCCUUCAUCAUCCGGUGCCCAAGAUGCCAACGAUAUCGAAGCAUCAAGUGGUGCGGCUGUUCAAGAUUACGAUGUUGAGACAGUCGAAAAGGUGUAUCGAAAGAUAGAUCGCCGCAUCAUUCCGGCGUUCUGGAUUCUCUACUUCCUCUGCUCAGCGAUUCGAUCCAACAUUGGCAUUGCGCAGACAAUGAACAGCGACAAAGGCCACGAUCUGGGCACUGUCUUACAUCUCACACCCAAAGACAUUUCUCUUGCUCUGGCGCUCUUCUACGUUUCCUACGUCAUAUUCGACUUUCCGUCCAAUCUCAUCAUGAGCAAGCUCAGCCCCCGGCUCUGGAUGGCGCGAAUCGUCUUUGCAACUAGCUUGGUCGGGACCUGUUUCGCUGCUGUACAGAGCGCAUGGAGCUUGAAAUUGCUUCGAUUUCUUCUUGGUUUAGUGAUUGCAGGCAUGUGGCCAGGCAUGGCUUUCUAUCUGACUCUCUUCUACCCCCCAUCGCGAUGUGCCAAGCGUAUUGGCAUGUACUUUACAGCGUCGCAGGUCUCAGCCGCGGUCGUUGGCCUCGUGUCUGCAGGUUUCCAGCUCAUGGAUGGCACAGCAGGCAUUGUUGGAUUCCGCUGGAUGUUUCUUCUCUACGGAUUGGUCGGUAUCGUCCUUAGUGUGGCCUUGCUUUGGUGGCUGCCUGAUCGACCACUGCCACCAGGCGCAAUGAGACCCAACACUGGCCUUUUCAAGUGGCUUCCAGCUACCCCAGAAGUCCUCACUGGGCAGGAUGCGGUUGUCCACUAUCAUGACCUGAAACGUGUCUACCACUCUCGCGCCUGGGGCCUUAGAGACUUGGCCUAUGUUCUGCUUGACUGGCGUCUUUGGCCAUUGACGUUGAUGUACUUUGGAGUCGUCGGCGUUGGUAUUGGCACGCAGUUGUACGGCUCCGUCAUCAUCAAAGCUAUCCGACCAGCUGCUGGAGGCAUUGAAAUUAGUCUUCUCUUCGCCCCGAUCUGGAUUAUGGAUCUCAUUGCUAUUCUCAUGGUGACCCCAGUCUCUGAUCGCUUCCAUCGUCUCCGGGCUUUCUUCUUCUCUGCAGCAGUAUGUGUUCAGAUUGCUGGCUUGCUUAUUACUACCUUUGCAGGCGGCUGGGCUCGAUACGUUGGUCUCUUGCUUGUAGGUUAUGGACUGGGCCCUACUGUGCCUAUCUGCAUGGCAUGGACGUCUGAAAUAUUUCAACGCCGUCAUGGAGAAGUUGGCGUUGCAGCGGCGACAGCCCUCGUUUCGGGACUGGGUAAUCUCGGUAGUGUCACGACGACCUAUGCUCUCUACACUGGAUGGCCCGCAGAUGCCAAACCCGGCCCGAAGCAGUUUCGCAAUAGCAAUCUGACAAUGAUUGGUAUCUUGUGUCUCAGCAUACUCAGUGCUAUGGCUAUGGUCCUUUUGUUGAAAGUGUUUGGCAACCCGCCCAGCACCAAGCUUUAUGAUCUCGACUCAAGCAGCGAAAUCGAGGAUGGAGCUGCUCGACGAGAGACACACCAGCGUGGGUUCAGCAGAUUCGGCCGUAAGAAGCCCAAUCAGCAUUAAUCAGCUUGCUGAUGCAUUCUUCAUAUCAAUGGACCCAGUGCAAAUACUUCAACAGUAGAUUGGGUCCAGCGAUACAUCUCUACUCUACUUCUCCCUUGGGCAGCCCAACCUGCCAUUUGAACCUACGGCAAUAGCAACUUUGGAUCAUUCGAGGACUGGGUAUCUUGCUACUACCCACGUCGUUGACCACUGGACUGUUGCCUAUUUCUUCAUCUGUUCUCUUGCUUUUUUAUAUGAUACCCCAUCAGCGUUUGUACCCGCUGUCAUACGAGCUUAGUUUUUGUGAUUUCUCGACGGUAACAGUGCUUCUACGCCAUUACCGGGACGGUGUGUUUGGACCGAGACUCAAUGCUGGCGACAAUGCCGGAGCGCUAUCGUCGGCGAGUUUCGUGGGCGGCUGGAAUUACAAUGUUUACUUUAUAGACUAUACUAUAACACUGAAGGAUAGGUCCAAGUUCGCAGCGGCUUUGAAGCAACUGUGGGCAUGUGAAUCAAUUCAACCUUGUCCCCAAA